AUGAAAAUAGUGAGCUGUUUCCUUAGUUUUGCGCUUGCAUUACCGCAAUGUCCGCGAUUAUGGAACGCUGAAUGGGAAAAUGGAAUGGAAAAGAUUUUCUCGAAUGCGAUUAUUGGCACUUCUUUCGUGCCAGAAGGCGGUUUCCAGUGCUAUCCGUCAAUUAACAAGAUUGAAUGCAACCCACCCUUAGAUGAAGUUGCAGGAGAAUACCCAUAUCAGCAUGUCUGCCAACUAAAAUACACUGGAAGCUCAUCAGAAUUUCCUUGUUUUAUCGACGUCCCGGUGAAGCAGUACAACACCUACUAUCAGAUCGACCAGGUUCCCCUUCAAAAAGGUUUUCCUGUGGACUAUUGUAGCUCAUUUGGCCGUGCGUAG